AUGAACCCAAAGGCGAAGGGUCCGGAGCGGCGCAGAAGGAAGCACGAGCUCUACGUGCACUGGAGCAAACGGCGACCUGAAGGGACCUGCAGACAAAAACCGCCGCAGGAUUUGGAGUGCACAGGACGAAAGCUUUCGAGGCAUGGGGACUGUCUACGAGUCUGCACCUACAACUGUCGCACCAUUGCCUCGAUAGCCGACCAAACCAUAUUACUGGAGGCUAGUAAAAGACUUCGUUUCGAUGUCAUCGCUCUCCAGGAAACAAAAGCAAAAGAAACAGCUACCAGGAAGACCAACGAUGGCCACCUAAUUGUUCUCGGAGCCAAACUGAGCGGAAGAAAUGUCGGUGGUGUUGGAUUCCUCGUCCACCAUCGGCUCGAGCACAUGGUCGAUUCAGUCGAAGUGAUCGGCCCGCGACUGGCCAUCCUACGUCUACGCAUCGACAAGCGCACUUUCGUUAGUAUUAUCAACUGCUAUGCACCGACGUCAGCAGCUACGGACGAAGAAAAGGACGCGUUCUACAAGGAAUUGGAGGAGAUGAUAAAAAGGGAACGGUCCUACUACAAAUAUGUUGUCGGAGACUUUAACGCAGUCAUCCAUGAGGAAAUGCGCAUUGGGCCACACGGAACCGGAGAAACAAACGAGAACGGCGAACGUUUGAUGGACCUCUUAGAGCAAUGCAAUCUCUUUCACGGAAACAGCUUCUUCACGAAAAAAGAGGAUCGGCGAUGG